CAGCCCAUGGUGCUGGUUUCAGGGAACAGCUCUUCUCAUCCUGCGUCCUUCAUCCUGCUUGGAAUCCCAGGUCUGGAGAGUUUCCAGUAUUGGAUUGCCUUUCUGUUCUGUGCCAUGUAUGCUGUGGCUGUUGUUGGAAAUAUCACUCUCCUCUGCAUAAUCAGAAUUGACCACACCCUGCAUAAGCCCAUGUACCUCUUUCUGGCCAUGCUGGCUAUCACUGACCUGGUCCUCUCCUCCUCCACCCAACCUAAGAUGUUGGUCAUAUUGUUUCAUGCUCACGAGAUUGAGUACCAUGCCUGCCUCAUCCAGGUGUUCUUCAUCCAUGCCUUUUCUUUUAUGGAGUCUGGGGUGCUCAUGGCUAUGGCCCUGGAUCGCUAUGUGGCCAUCUGCUUCCCACUCCGACACUCUAGCCUCAUGACCCCAUCGGUCAUGAUUGAACUGGGGACUGUCGUGAUGCUGAGAGGGCUGCUGUGGGUGAGUCCCUUCUGCUUCAUGGUGCCUAGGAUGCCCUUCUGCCAACACCAAGCCAUUCCCCAGUCAUACUGUGAGCACAUGGCUGUGCUGAAGUUGGUGUGUGCUGAUACAAGCAUAAAUCGUGGGUAUGGACUCUUUGUGGCCUUCUCUGUGGCUGGCUUUGAUAUGACUGUCAUAGGUAUGUCAUACAUGAUGAUUUUGAGAGCUGUGCUUCAGUUGCCCUCAGGUGAAGCCCACCUCAAAGCUUUUAGCACAUGUGCCUCCCAUAUCUGUGUCAUCUUGGCUUUUUAUAUCCCAGCCCUUUUUUCUUUCCUCACCCACCGCUUUGGUCAUCAUGUGCCCCGAGUGGUACAUAUCCUGUUUGCUAAUCUCUAUCUACUGGUGCCUCCCAUGCUCAGCCCUAUCAUUUACAGAGUUAGAACCAAACAGAUCAGGGACACAGUUACCCAAGGAUGUUGUGGAAACAUCCCCUGA